UCUACAAAGAUAUAUUCGUCGCCGAUUGCGCAUUCCUCGGUUUUGAAAACACACUCCAAAGAGACAUGGAGGGAAAAAUUUCGAGUUCAGAAGAUACUAAUUUGCUUCAAAGGAUCAAAGAAUUUACUCGAUUGGUCAUUGAAGAUCUUGCUGAGGGAAGAUCUCCGAAAAUUUCAAUCAAUCGAUUUAGGAACUAUUGCAUGAAUCCAGAAGCUGACUGCAUUUGCAGCUCUGAUAACCCAAAGGGUCAGGAGAUUCUCACUCUUAAGAGGGAACCCCAAACCUACAGAAUCGAUAUGUUGCUAAGAGUAUUGUUGAUUGUCCAAAAACUUCUGCAAGAAAAUAGACAUGCCUCAAAAAGAGAUAUCUACUACAUGCACCCAUCCGCAUUCAAAGCACAAUCAGUUGUGGACCGCGCAAUUGGUGAUAUAUGCAUCCUUUUUCACUGUAGUCGGUACAACUUGAAUGUGGUUUCUGUUGGAAAUGGGUUGGUGAUGGGCUGGUUAAAAUUUAGGGAAGCUGGGAGGAAGUUUGAUUGUUUAAACAGCUUGAAUACUGCGUUUCCGGUUCCUGUUCUUGUAGAGGAAGUUGAAGAUAUUGUUAGCCUAGCAGAGUACAUUCUGGUGGUGGAAAAAGAAACAGUAUUCCAGCGUUUAGCAAAUGACAUGUUUUGCAAGUUGAAUCGCUGCAUCGUUAUCACAGGAAGAGGCUAUCCUGAUGUCUCAACAAGAAGGUUCUUGCGACUCCUCAUUGAGAAGUUGCAACUACCUGUGCAUUGUCUAGUCGAUUGUGAUCCAUAUGGCUUUGAAAUCCUCGCCACAUACCGUUUUGGCUCCAUGCAAAUGGCUUAUGAUAUUGAAUCAUUACGAGCACCAGAUAUGAAAUGGUUGGGAGCUUUUCCUUCGGACUCUGAGAUAUAUGAUGUUCCCAAACAGUGUCUUUUGCCUUUGACAGAAGAGGAUAAGAAAAGAACUGAGGCACUGUUACUUCGAUGCUACCUGAAGCGUGAAAUGCCACAAUGGAGGUUGGAACUUGAAACGAUGCUGGAAAGAGGUGUGAAGUUUGAGAUUGAAGCACUCUCAGUUCACUCACUGUCUUUUUUGUCAGAGGUUUAUAUUCCUUCUAAGAUUUGUCUUGAGGUAACUUCCCCUUGAGCUAUGAUACGAGUCUCCAACUCAAGGUAUGCUCAUCGAAUUUAAUGACUCUUUAUAAGCUUUAGUAACAAAUGCCAAAUGCUUUCCGGAUCGUAUGGGUUCAUGGUACAAAUGAACGUGGAAAAUUAUACAAGAAGCAACUCAGUUUUAACUUUAAUGAUAGUUAAGUACCUAAAUAAUUUGAGUGAGUUGUGUUAUAUUAAAACAUCACUUCCGGUUGGUUUUGAAUAAUAAAGGGGGAGUGAUAAAUAGGGUUCA